GGGCCUGGGCGGUCGAUUUGGCGGGAGCGAGGUUCCCCUUCCCUGCGUCAGUCCCGGCCGCCCGAGGCUGGAGGAAGCGGCGGCAGGGUCUGCGGGCUGCAUGGCGGGAGCUCGGGGUGAGCGCGGGCCGGGCCCCGCCGCCGGGGAGCCGCAGCCGCAGCAGCCCGACGCGUGCCGAGUCUUCCCCGAGCGGCCGGCCCAGGGGAAGCCCCCGCAGGGCGGGCUCCUCUCCCGCUUCUUCCCCAGCGACCAGAAGUGCCAGCUUAUGCUCCUGAAGACGCUGGAGACAAAUCCGUAUGUCAAACUUCUUCUUGAUGCCAUGGAGCAUUCGGGUUGUGCUGUUAACAGAGAAAGGCACUUUUCUUGUGAAGAUUGUAGUGGGAACGUCAGCGGAGGUUUUGACGCUUCGGCAUCUCAGAUUGUUCUGUGCCAGAAUAAUAUCCGUAAUCAGGCCCAUAUGAGCAGAGUGGUCACCCACGAGCUCAUUCAUGCAUUUGACCAUUGUCGUGCUCACGUCGACUGGUUCACCAAUGUCAGACAUCUGGCCUGCUCAGAGGUUCGAGCUGCCAACCUUAGUGGCGACUGCUCACUCGUCAACGAAAUAUUCAGGUUGCAUUUUGGAUUAAAACAACACCAUCAGACUUGUGUGCGAGACAGAGCCAUUCUUUCCAUCCUGGCCGUUAGGAAUAUCAGCAAAGAAGUAGCACGAAAGGCCGUUGAUGAAGUUUUUGAAUCUUGUUUCAAUGACCAUGAACCUUUUGGAAGGAUCCCACAUAACAAGACUUAUGCAAGAUAUGCUCAUAGAGACUUUCAAAACCGUGAUCGGUAUUACUCAAAUAUAUGAAGACAAUGACAUUUUAUAUUAGAGAGCUUCAGUGAUCAUGAAGAAAAUAUGGUUCUCAAGUGCACAAACGAAUAAAACGUAAAUGAUCAAGUAAAUACGGAUAAAACACAGAAGAUGCUGGUUCUAGCGUAUGAUCAGAAAAAGUUACCCUGGCAAAAAAUGAUACUGCCUUAAACUCCAAGGCAAAAAUUAUAUCUUUACAGCUAACCAUUUGGUUCAUAAGGCAAAUAAAUUACAUUUUUGUAUUUUCUACAUU